AUGCAGAGCAGCCGUAAGGACGAUGUGGUGGGUGGGAGCAUACCGGGGUCAAAGAUCACCCUUACGGUGGAUGCCACCACAGGGCAGAUCCAAAGCACGGUCGUGUGGACUGAGGCCCCACACGACGUGCACAUCCACUUGGCCUGUAGCGCCCACAAGCUGGGCCUGGCGGUGGACACCAUGGCGGGGUUGGGCGAUCGGGUUUCCCGACAUGGUGGUGGCCGCUUGAGCCUCAAGCCGGUGGAUAGUGCCAAGGAGGCAUGGCGGGAGCGUGGGUUUUCCGCUUCCGCCAUCUCCGGCACUUGGGAGAAGCUCGUCCCUCCCAAGCCGCGAGCACCCCUGCUACCCACACGCCCACCCUCCGCCCUGCUACCCACACGCCCACCCCCGACACCACAACACUCCGCACUCCCGCCAGCUGGUCCGCCACCGAUGGCUCCACCAUCACCCACUACACGGGGAGCAUCGCCUCAGCCACCAGACCCGUUGCGAGGACAUCUGGAGGCAACUCGGAGUGUAGCAGAGGUUGAGGCGUUUCGGGCAACUGCGGGGACAGGUGGUUCUGCAGCAAUCCCUGCUGCGGCCUCGGCAGGCAGCGACAGCGCGGAUGUCAUCGUGCAGCAGCUCCGCAUGGCGCGGUCCUUGUCUGAAGAUGUGUGCGGCAACCAGGCCUUGCUCGAGCAAGUGGCCGAGAUGGGCAGCAUGGCCGGAGUCAAUCCUCGCUUUCGCGGAAAAGGGGAUCUCGUGGAGGGUGGCGUCGACCUGCUGAUGAUUGAGACGGUCUUCGACACGCAGAACUGCAAGGCGGCCAUCUUGGCAGUGGACCAGUACUUCAUCGAGUCAAAGAAGGAGCGGCUGCGAGUCAUGCUUGGCGCAACGGUCGUGGACAACAGCGGCCGCACGCUCUCUGGCCAGACCAUCGAGGCCGUCUACGUUAGUGUGAAGCGUGCGCAGCCCUUCACCGUUGGCAUUAACUGUGCCCACUGUGCCCUGGGUGCGGCUCAGAUGAAGGGCUCCUACAAGAAGCUCUGCGACAUGAACUCAGCCUGGUGCCACGUCUGCCCCCGUGCUGGCCUGCCUAAUGCCAUGGGCGGCUAUGACGAAGACCCCGAGAUCUUCUUUAGCAACAUCCUGGACUACGCCAAGGAUCUCAUCCUGAACUUCGUCGGUGGCCGCUGCGGCACCUUCCCUUCCCAGAUCGCGGCUGUCCGCAAGAAGGUGAAGGACUGCCCAGUGCGCAAGCUUCCAGAGCUGCCCAAGUAUCCCAGCAUGAUGUUGUCCGGCCUGGAGCCCUGCCACGUGACCGCUGAGGCAGGCUUCCAGUGGGUCGGCCAUGGCAUGGAGGUUUGCAUUGCUCAGUGCGAGAAGAAAGCGGACAUUCUCGAUUUCAACUUCGACUCGGACCUGAUCGAUGGGCAGUCGGCCAUCAGCAAGUUCAUGAGGCCCGGCAUCACCGAGCCCACCGUGGCCAAGCUACCCUUCAUGAUUGACUCCUCCAAGUGGCCUGUGGUCGAGGAGGGCCUCAAAUGCCUUCAGGGCAAGUGCGUCGUGAAUUCGAUCUCACUGAAGGUCGUCGAGGAAGAAUUUCUUCGUCAAGCGAAGCUUUGCAUGCGCUAUGGCGCAGCCGUCGUCAUCAUGGCCUUCGAUGAGAAGGGUCUGGCAGCCACCUUCGAGGACAAGGUUCGCAUCUGCCAGCACAGCUACAAGUGCCUGCGUGAGAACAUCGACUUCCCCCGAGAGGAUAUCAUCUUCGAUUGCAACGUGCUGACCAUUAACAAGCGCACCUGCCCAUGCGUCUCCUUCUCCGGUGGCUUGAGCAACCUGUCUUUCUCUUUCCGCGGCUUGAACUCCCUCCGGGAUGCCAUGCACAGCGUGUACGAAGCCAUUGAGCCCAAGACCCGCGAAGAAGUGAUUCUGAACAAGUCGGCGGACGGCAAUCAUGUCGAGCUCUUCCUGGAGUAUGCGGAGCAGGUGAGGAAGCCUCCGGCUCCCGCUCCUGCUGGGCCUGUAUUGAAGAUCGAGAAAUCUGCGGCAGCGGCAGAGCACUUUCCUCAGAUUUUUUCUAGCCUUAAGGAGACAGUCACGUGUGAAGCUGAGCAUGUUCAGCCGAAAGCCGGCUGCAAAGUCGUGGACCCCUGCCGUGUCGAAAGUCCUCAAGAGACCCAGAAGGUUGCCGAGAAGAUCGAGUGCAAGACCCCAACACCCACGGAGGUGAUCAACUACUUCAAUGGUGAGUUGAAGAAGUGCAUCUGCUUCCUGGAUGGAGGCAUGGGAACCCGCAUCCAGGCAGAAAACUUGGAGGAAGCAGAUUACCGUGAGGAUCAGUUCAAGGACUUCAGCGAGAAGGACAUCCACAAGGAGUACUUCCUGGCUGGCUCAGACAUCUGCGAGACCAACACCUUCAACGGCACGACCAUCUCGGAGGGCGAGUACAAGAUGCAGGCCGUUGUCCAUGAGAUGAACAAAGUGGGAGCACAGCUUGCGAAGAAGGCAGCAGGUGAGGUGACGAAGGAGGAGCGGCACAAGCCCCGAUUCGUGGCAGGUGCAGUUGGGCCCACCGGCCGCACCCUGAGCGAGUCGCCCAGUGUGGAGGAUCCAUCCUUCCGCAGUGUGAUUUGGGACGAGCUUGUGGAGUCCUACAAGCAGCAGGCGGCCAUCUUGGCAGUGGACCAGUACUUCAUCGAGUCGAAGAAGGCCGUCUACGUUAGUGUGAAGCAUGCGCAGCCCUUCACCGUUGGCAUUAACUGUGCCCUGGGUGCGGCUCAGAUGAAGGGCUCCUACAAGAAGCUCUGCGACAUGAACUCAGCCUGGUGCCACGUCUGCCCCAGUGCUGGCCUGCCUAAUGCCAUGGGCGGCUAUGACGAAGACCCCGAGAUCUUCUUUAGCAACAUCCUGGACUACGCCAAGGAUCUCAUCCUGCGGCACCUUCCCUUCCCAGAUCGCUUCCAGUGGGUCGGCGAGCGAUGCAACCUGAUGGGCUCGGCCAAAUUCAAGAAGCUGGUGGAUGCCUACAAGUGGGAUGAGGCCAAGCUACCCUUCAUGAUUGACUCCUCCAAGUGGCCUGUGGUCGAGGAGAGCCUCCAAUGCGUUCAGGGCAAGUGCGUCGUGAAUUCGAUCUCACUGAAGGUCUGCGAGGAAGAGUUUCUUCGUCAAGCGAAGCUUUGCAUGCGCUAUGGCGCAGCCGUCGUCAUCACGGCCUUCGAUGAGAAGGGUCAGGCAGCCACCUUCGAGUUCAAGGUUCGCAUCUGCCAGCGCAGCUACAAGUGCCUGCGUGAGAACAUCGACUUCCCCCGAGAGGAUAUCAUCUUCGAUUGCAACGUGCUGACCAUUAACAAGCGCACCUGCCCAUGCGUCUCCUUCUCCGGUGGCUUGAGCAACCUGUCUUUCUCUUUCCCCGGCUUGAACUCCCUCCGGGAUGCCAUGCACAGCGUGUACGAAGACAUUGAGCCCAAGACCCGCGAAGAAGUGAUUCUGAACAAGUCGGCGGACGGCAAUCAUGUCGAGCUCUUCCUGGAGUAUGCGGAGCAGGUGAGGAAGCCUCCAGCUCCCGCUCCUGCUGGGCCUGUAUUGAAGAUCGAGAAAUCUGCGGCAGCGGCAGAGCACUUUCCUCAGAUUUUUUCUAGCCUUAAGGAGACAGUCACGUGUGAAGCUGAGCAUGUUCAGCCGAAAGCCGGCUGCAAAGUCGUGGACCCCUGCCGUGUCGAAAGUCCUCAAGAGACCCAGAAGGUUGCCCAGAAGAUCGAGUGCAAGACCCCAACACCCACGGAGGUGAUCAAGUACUUCAAUGGUGAGUUGAAGAAGUGCAUCUGCUUCCUGGAUGGAGGCAUGGGAACCCGCAUCCAGGCAGAAAACUUGGAGGAAGCAGAUUACCGUGAGGAUCAGUUCAAGGACUUCAGCGAGAAGGACAUCCACAAGGAGUACUUCCUGGCUGGCUCAGACAUCUGCGAGACCAACACAUUCAACGGCACGACCAUCUCGCAGGGCGAGUACAAGAUGCAGGCCGUUGUCCAUGAGAUGAACAAAGUGGGAGCACAGCUUGCGAAGAAGGCAGCAGCUGAGGUGACGAAGGAGGAGCGGCACAAGCCCCGAUUCGUGGCAGGUGCAGUUGGGCCCACCGGCCGCACCCUGAGCGAGUCGCCCAGUGUGGAGGAUCCAUCCUUCCGCAGUGUGAUUUGGGACGAGCUUGUGGAGCCCUACAAGCAGCAGGCGGCCAUCUUGGCAGUGGACCAGUACUUCAUCGAGUCGAAGAAGGCCGUCUACGUUAGUGUGAAGCAUGCGCAGCCCUUCACCGUUGGCAUUAACUGUGCCCUGGGUGCGGCUCAGAUGAAGGGCUCCUACAAGAAGCUCUGCGACAUGAACUCAGCCUGGUGCCAUGUCUGCCCCAGUGCUGGCCUGCCUAAUGCCACGGGCGGCUAUGACGAAGACCCCGAGAUCUUCUUUAGCAACAUCCUGGACUGCCCAGUGCGCAAGCUUCCAGAGCUGCCCAAGUACCCCAGCGUGAUGUUGUCCGGCCUGGAGCCCUGCCACGUGACCGCUGAGGCAGGCUUCCAGUGGGUCGGCGAGCGAUGCAACCUGAUGGGCUCGGCCAAAUUCAAGAAGCUGGUGGAUGCCUACAAGUGGGAUGAGGCCAUGGCAUGGAGGUUUGCGUCGGCCAGCCAAGCCGAGGAGGGCCUCCAAUGCGUUCAGGGCAAGUGCGUCGUGAAUUCGAUCUCACUGAAGGUCUGCGAGGAAGAGUUUCUUCGUCAAGCGAUGCUUUGCAUGCGCUAUGGCGCAGCCGUCGUCAUCACGGCCUUCGAUGAGAAGGGUCAGGCAGCCACCUUCGAGGACAAGGUUCGCAUCUGCCAGCGCAGCUACAAGUGCCUGCGUGAGAACAUCGACUUCCCCCGAGAGGAUAUCAUCUUCGAUUGCAACGUGCUGACCAUUAACAAGCGCACCUGCCCAUGCGUCUCCUUCUCCGGUGGCUUGAGCAACCUGUCUUUCUCUUUCCGCGGCUUGAACUCCCUCCGGGAUGCCAUGCACAGCGUGCCGGGGCAAAGUACGGAGCGGAGCCUGGAGGGGCCUCUCCCGCAAACGGACAUGGAGGAGAACACUCGCAAGCUGGCGGAAGAGGUGAUCCUGAACCAGCCUGCAGAUGGCACGCACGCAGGAAGCCUAGACACCAGCCUGCCCAGCUGCGGUAUUUGCGGAUCAGAACGUGCUGUCUUGCUGUCUUGGUCCUUGUGCCUGCAGGUCGAGCGCUUCCUGGAGCACGCAGAGGCCGACUCCGUGCUGUCUGUCUCAAAGGGUAUAAAAGGUCCCAAGAUAUCUCACAAGACGGAACGCAAUUUCGCACCAGAGGCUGUCCGCAAGCCUGCCCCGACUGCGGGCGCUGCUGCAGGUGGUGCUCCCGCCAAGGCAGGCUUCACAAGUCUCAAGUCGCCUCGCAGCCAGCCAGAAGCAAAGGAUGCCUGGCGAAAUGGGCGAAAUGGCACAUUCACAGAGCGUCUGCACUGCGGGCAGCGGCCUUGGCCAAGAUGCUACGUCCCCGUCCCCCACAAGCAUGACUCGUGUGGCAUUGUGCCGGAGAGGCUGAUCAACGGUAUCGACAAGUUCAUUGAGGGGGAUACCGAGGAGGCCCGGGCCGAACUGCAAGUCCCGCUGCGUGUCAUCGAGGGGCCGCUGAUGGAAGGCCUGUGGCUUUGCUUCACUCUCAACAUCGCGAGUCUCUGCACCUUGCAGGUCAUCAGGAGCGCGCGGGUCAUGAAGAAGGCCAAGUGGCCAGAGAUUGACAUCGAGAAAGUGGAUGUCAUUGGACUUUCCGGGCCUGAGCAGAUGAAGGCGCGUGGCAUGAAGGCGCCGUUGAUGAUCGGUGGCGCCACCACAACGAAUCGGCACACGGCGGUGAAGAUCACUGCCAAGUACAACAACGGCGUGAUUCACGUUGAUACCUCGGGUCACAGCCGGUAUGUCCAGGGCAUGUCAGCGUCACAAACGGUCUGCCUUACCGUUGUGUUCGCCAACUUGCUGCUCUGGCUGACCAGGUCCGUGGACAAACAAACGUACAAGGAGGAAUAUGCGGAAAUCAGGGUUGAAUACUACGCGACUUUGAUCGACAAGAAGUGGAAGUCGCUGAAGGAGGCGCAGUCCAAGAAGCCACAGCUGGGGAAGCAUCGGUCGCUCAAGCUUGUCCGAAUCCCGUCGGGAUCGCGGGAUCGCUUCCGCCGAGCGUCGCUUGGGGGGCAUCCUGUCGACGAGGUGCCGGUGCUGAUUUUCCACUGGGGUCUGCCAGAAAUUACUUCGGCCUCUACAAGAGCGCACUUCUUCGAGAGGCGGGUUCAGCAGCUUGCAGUGGGAAUGGUCCCCAGCAAAUGGCGCCGAAAGGCAGCCAGUUUAAAGCUGACGGAUGAGAAGCUGUCCCUGACCGCCAAUUCAUCUGUGUCGGCCCUUGUCUUCGUGCAUCCGGCCAAGUACUUCUCGGUUGGCCAGGUCAGCGUUGACCAGGUGCAGCCUGGACCUCAGUCCUAUUCGGAGCGCCGCGGCGAGGCCGGCGUGGAGGGGACAGAGCGGUGGCUUGGGAGCACCGUGUUGGGCUACGAGAAGCGAAAACGAGAGAAGGCUUGCAGGUGCCAGCAAGGUGGUAGGCAGUCCACGGUUAGAACGUGGGCCAAUUCAUCCACAGAUGCCAACUUCAAGGAGUUGCUAGGAGAAGCUGAGCUGUCCACGACUCGAAUGUGGGCUCGCAAAUGCUACUGGGAGCUGAACAGCGAGCCGGAUCCGCCUGUCAUUCAACAGGGACGCAGCUUGCGUCAUCAGGCUCGCUCGUCAAAGCCCAUCAACAACAAUCUGAAGCUAUUUACCGCUGAGCUCGUCUCAUGCGGCGGAGCCCACGGACGCAGCCGCGUCAUCGGGAAAACUGAAAGAGCCCAGUCGUCCCAUGGUUCACUGAACGAUCUGAAUCCACCUACCAACAAGCGCAUAGUAUGCGCAUCCAAUGUAAUUAGCAGGGCCAGUGGGUGCAACGAUUUGAACCUUAACGACGACUACGUGAAGGAUGUGGUGGGUGGGAGCAUACCGGGGUCAAAGAUCACCCUUACGGUGGAUGCCACCACAGGGCAGAUCCAAAGCACGGUCGUGUGGACUGAGGCCCCACACGACGUGCACAUCCACUUGGCCUGUAGCGCCCACAAGCUGGGCCUGGCGGUGGACACCAUGGCGGGGUUGGGCGAUCGGGUUUCCCGACAUGGUGGUGGCCGCUUGAGCCUCAAGCCGGUGGAUAGUGCCAAGGAGGCAUGGCGGGAGCGUGGGUUUUCCGCUUCCGCCAUCUCCGGCACUUGGGAGAAGCUCGCGGAUGUCAUCGUGCAGCAGCUCCGCAUGGCGCGGUCCUUGUCUGAAGAUGUGUGCGGCAACCAGGCCUUGCUCGAGCAAGUGGCCGAGAUCGGCAGCAUGGCCGGAGUCAAUCCUCGCUUUCGCGGAAAAGGGGAUCUCGUGGAGGGUGGCGUCGACCUGCUGAUGAUUGAGACGGUCUUCGACACGCAGAACUGCAAGGCGGCCAUCUUGGCAGUGGACCAGUACUUCAUCGAGUCAAAGAAGGAGCGGCUGCGAGUCAUGCUUAGCGCAACGGUCGUGGACAACAGCGGCCGCACGCUCUCUGGCCAGACCAUCGAGGCCGUCUACGUUAGUGUGAAGCGUGCGCAGCCCUUCACCGUUGGCAUUAACUGUGCCCACUGUGCCCUGGGUGCGGCUCAGAUGAAGGGCUCCUACAAGAAGCUCUGCGACAUGAACUCAGCCUGGUGCCACGUCUGCCCCCGUGCUGGCCUGCCUAAUGCCAUGGGCGGCUAUGACGAAGACCCCGAGAUCUUCUUUAGCAACAUCCUGGACUACGCCAAGGAUCUCAUCCUGAACUUCGUCGGUGGCUGCUGCGGCACCUUCCCUUCCCAGAUCGCGGCUGUCCGCAAGAAGGUGAAGGACUGCCCAGUGCGCAAGCUUCCAGAGCUGCCCAAGUAUCCCAGCAUGAUGUUGUCCGGCCUGGAGCCCUGCCACGUGACCGCUGAGGCAGGCUUCCAGUGGGUCGGCCAUGGCAUGGAGGUUUGCAUUGCUCAGUGCGAGAAGAAAGCGGACAUUCUCGAUUUCAACUUCGACUCGGACCUGAUCGAUGGGCAGUCGGCCAUCAGCAAGUUCAUGAGGCCCGGCAUCACCGAGCCCACCGUGGCCAAGCUACCCUUCAUGAUUGACUCCUCCAAGUGGCCCGUGGUCGAGGAGGGCCUCAAAUGUUUUCAGGGCAAGUGCGUCGUGAAUUCGAUCUCACUGAAGGUCGUCGAGGAAGAGUUUCUUCGUCAAGCGAAGCUUUGCAUGCGCUAUGGCGCAGCCGUCGUCAUCAUGGCCUUCGAUGAGAAGGGUCUGGCAGCCACCUUCGAGGACAAGGUUCGCAUCUGCCAGCACAGCUACAAGUGCCUGCGUGAGAACAUCGACUUCCCCCGAGAGGAUAUCAUCUUCGAUUGCAACGUGCUGACCAUUAACAAGCGCACCUGCCCAUGCGUCUCCUUCUCCGGUGGCUUGAGCAACCUGUCUUUCUCUUUCCGCGGCUUGAACUCCCUCCGCGAUGCCAUGCACAGCGUGUACGAAGACAUUGAGCCCAAGACCCGCGAAGAAGUGAUUCUGAACAAGUCGGCGGACGGCAAUCAUGUCGAGCUCUUCCUGGAGUAUGCGGAGCAGGUGAGGAAGCCUCCGGCUCCCGCUCCUGCUGGGCCUGUAUUGAAGAUCGAGAAAUCUGCGGCAGCGGCAGAGCACUUUCCUCAGAUUUUUUCUAGCCUUAAGGAGACAGUCACGUGUGAAGCUGAGCAUGUUCAGCCGAAAGCCGGCUGCAAAGUCGUGGACCCCUGCCGUGUCGAAAGUCCUCAAGAGACCCAGAAGGUUGCCGAGAAGAUCGAGUGCAAGACCCCAACACCCACGGAGGUGAUCAACUACUUCAAUGGUGAGUUGAAGAAGUGCAUCUGCUUCCUGGAUGGAGGCAUGGGAACCCGCAUCCAGGCAGAAAACUUGGAGGAAGCAGAUUACCGUGAGGAUCAGUUCAAGGACUUCAGCGAGAAGGAUGCCAACGGCAUCCCGUUCUCCCUGAAGGGUAAUAACGAUCGCCUCAUUUUCAGCAAGCCAGACAUGAUCAAGGACAUCCACAAGGAGUACUUCCUGGCUGGCUCAGACAUCUGCGAGACCAACACCUUCAACGGCACGACCAUCUCGCAGGGCGAGUACAAGAUGCAGGCCGUUGUCCAUGAGAUGAACAAAGUGGGAGCACAGCUUGCGAAGAAGGCAGCAGCUGAGGUGACGAAGGAGGAGCGGCACAAGCCCCGAUUCGUGGCAGGUGCAGUUGGGCCCACCGGCCGCACCCUGAGCGAGUCGCCCAGUGUGGAGGAUCCAUCCUUCCGCAGUGUGAUUUGGGACGAGCUUGUGGAGUCCUACAAGCAGCAGGCGGCCAUCUUGGCAGUGGACCAGUACUUCAUCGAGUCGAAGAAGGCCGUCUACGUUAGUGUGAAGCAUGCGCAGCCCUUCACCGUUGGCAUUAACUGUGCCCUGGGCGCGGCUCAGAUGAAGGGCUCCUACAAGAAGCUCUGCGACAUGAACUCAGCCUGGUGCCACGUCUGCCCCCGUGCUGGCCUGCCUAAUGCCAUGGGCGGCUAUGACGAAGACCCCGAGAUCUUCUUUAGCAACAUCCUGGACUACGCCAAGGAUCUCAUCCUGAACUUCGUCGGUGGCCGCUGCGGCACCUUCCCUUCCCAGAUCGCGGCUGUUCUGCAAGUUGGUGAAGGCAGGCUUCCAGUGGGUCGGCGAGCGAUGCAACCUGAUGGGCUCGGCUCCUCCAUGUGGCCUGUGGUCGAGGAGAGCCUCCAAUGCGUUCAGGGCAAGUGCGUCGUGAAUUCGAUCUCACUGAAGGUCUGCGAGGAAGAGUUUCUUCGUCAAGCGAAGCUUUGCAUGCGCUAUGGCGCAGCCGUCGUCAUCACGGCCUUCGAUGAGAAGGGUCAGGCAGCCACCUUCGAGGACAAGGUUCGCAUCUGCCAGCGCAGCUACAAGUGCCUGCGUGAGAACAUCGACUUCCCCCGAGAGGAUAUCAUCUUCGAUUGCAACGUGCUGACCAUUAACAAGCGCACCUGCCCAUGCGUCUCCUUCUCCGGUGGCUUGAGCAACCUGUCUUUCUCUUUCCGCGGCUUGAACUCCCUCCGGGAUGCCAUGCACAGCGUGUACGAAGACAUUGAACCCAAGACCCGCGAAGAAGUGAUUCUGAACAAGUCGGCGGACGGCAAUCAUGUCGAGCUCUUCCUGGAGUAUGCGGAGCAGGUGAGGAAGCCUCCAGCUCCCGCUCCUGCUGGGCCUGUAUUGAAGAUCGAGAAAUCUGCGGCAGCGGCAGAGCACUUUCCUCAGAUUUUUUCUAGCCUUAAGGAGACAGUCACGUGUGAAGCUGAGCAUGUUCAGCCGAAAGCCGGCUGCAAAGUCGUGGACCCCUGCCGUGUCGAAAGCCCUCAAGAGACCCAGAAGGUUGCCCAGAAGAUCGAGUGCAAGACCCCAACACCCACGGAGGUGAUCAACUACUUCAAUGGUGAGUUGAAGAAGUGCAUCUGCUUCCUGGAUGGAGGCAUGGGAACCCGCAUCCAGGCAGAAAACUUGGAGGAAGCAGAUUACCGUGAGGAUCAGUUCAAGGACUUCAGCGAGAAGGAUGCCAACGGCAUCCCGUUCUCCCUGAAGGGUAAUAACGAUCGCCUCAUUUUCAGCAAGCCAGACAUGAUCAAGGACAUCCACAAGGAGUACUUCCUGGCUGGCUCAGACAUCUGCGAGACCAACACCUUCAACGGCACGACCAUCUCGCAGGGCGAGUACAAGAUGCAGGCCGUUGUCCAUGAGAUGAACAAAGUGGGAGCACAGCUUGCGAAGAAGGCAGCAGCUGAGGUGACGAAGGAGGAGCGGCACAAGCCCCGAUUCGUGGCAGGUGCAGUUGGGCCCACCAGCCGCACCCUGAGCGAGUCGCCCAGUGUGGAGGAUCCAUCCUUCCGCAGUGUGAUUUGGGACGAGCUUGUGGAGCCCUACAAGCAGCAGGCGGCCAUCUUGGCAGUGGACCAGUACUUCAUCGAGUCGAAGAAGGCCGUCUACGUUAGUGUGAAGCAUGCGCAGCCCUUCACCGUUGGCAUUAACUGUGCCCUGGGUGCGGCUCAGAUGAAGGGCUCCUACAAGAAGCUCUGCGACAUGAACUCAGCCUGGUGCCAUGUCUGCCCCAGUGCUGGCCUGCCUAAUGCCACGGGCGGCUAUGACGAAGACCCCGAGAUCUUCUUUAGCAACAUCCUGGACUGCCCAGUGCGCAAGCUUCCAGAGCUGCCCAAGUACCCCAGCAUGAUGUUGUCCGGCCUGGAGCCCUGCCACGUGACCGCUGAGGCAGGCUUCCAGUGGGUCGGCGAGCGAUGCAACCUGAUGGGCUCGGCCAAAUUCAAGAAGCUGGUGGAUGCCUACAAGUGGGAUGAGGCCAUGGCAUGGAGGUUUGCGUCGGCCAAGCUACCCUUCAUGAUUGACUCCUCCGAGUGGCCUGUGGUCGAGGAGGGCCUCCAAUGCGUUCAGGGCAAGUGCGUCGUGAAUUCGAUCUCACUGAAGGUCUGCGAGGAAGAGUUUCUUCGUCAAGCGAUGCUUUGCAUGCGCUAUGGCGCAGCCGUCGUCAUCACGGCCUUCGAUGAGAAGGGUCAGGCAGCCACCUUCGAGGACAAGGUUCGCAUCUGCCAGCGCAGCUACAAGUGCCUGCGUGAGAACAUCGACUUCCCCCGAGAGGAUAUCAUCUUCGAUUGCAACGUGCUGACCAUUAACAAGCGCACCUGCCCAUGCGUCUCCUUCUCCGGUGGCUUGAGCAACCUGUCUUUCUCUUUCCGCGGCUUGAACUCCCUCCGGGAUGCCAUGCACAGCGUGCCGGGGCAAAGUACGGAGCGGAGCCUGGAGGGGCCUCUCCCGCAAACGGACAUGGAGGAGAACACUCGCAAGCUGGCGGAAGAGGUGAUCCUGAACCAGCCUGCAGAUGGCACGCACGUCGAGCGCUUCCUGGAGCACGCAGAGGCUGUCCGCAAGCCUGCCCCGACUGCGGGCGCUGCUGCAGGUGGUGCUCCCGCCAAGGAUGCCUGGCGAAAUGGGCGAAAUGGCACAUUCACAGAGCGUCUGCACUGCGGGCUGAUCAACGGUAUCGACAAGUUCAUUGAGGGGGAUACCGAGGAGGCCCGGGCCGAACUGCAAGUCCCGCUGCGUGUCAUCGAGGGGCCGCUGAUGGAAGGAGCUUUUUUUCACCUUUUCAGCCGGCCCAGCCGGCAGGUCAUCAGGAGCGCGCGGGUCAUGAAGAAGGCUGUGCGUGCUGAGGCCAGGUGA